AUGUUGGGUUAUGCCAAGUUCAUGAAGGAUUUGGUUACAAAGAAGAGGACAAUCUCUUUUCAGCCAACCAAAAAUCUGCAUCACUGUAGUGCCACUACUACAAUGUCCUUGGUUGAAAAGAAGGAAGAUCCAAGUGAGUUCACCAUAUCCUGCACUAUUGGUGCUUUUGAUUUCAACCUUAUGUCGUUAGUCAUCUAUAUAAAGUUUGGCUUGAGAGCCCCCAAACUGACUUCCAUGCGGCUGCUAAUGGUGGAUAGACCUGUGAAACGACUAGUAGGAAUUUUGUGUGAUUUGUUGGUUGAUUUUGAGGUUCCUAUCAUCUUGGAGAGAUCAUUUUUGGCAACUGGAAGGGCAUUGAUGGAUGUAGAGAGUGGAGAGCUUACAUUUAGAAUAAACGAUGAAGAAGUCAAGUUCAAUGUAUGUACCUCUAUAAAAAAGCCAAAAGAUAUGAUAGUGAUAUCUGUGUUUGUUGUCGAGAUAGAGAGUGUCGUCGAUGUGCCCAUUAAGGAAAGGCUUGCUGUUGAGCCUUUAGUAGCUAUAAUCAUGAAUUUCAAAGGUGAUAAUAUUGAGAGGUAUGAUGAGUCUAUAAAUGCUUUGCAAGGUGUAGGAUCACACACCUAUGACCCCAAAAAGCUUGAUCUUGACUUGAAGAACAGACCAACUCCACCCGCUAAGCCAUCCAUAGAUGAGCCACCUGUACUUGAGCUCAAAGAGUUGACAAGCCAUUUAAGGUACAUCUUUCUUGGUGAGAACAACACUUUGCUAGUGAUUAUUGCUGUAGAUAUGAGUGAAAGACAUGUUACAAUACUGGUUGAGGUAUUGCAAAGGUACAAGAAAGCUAUUGGUUAG